AUGCCUUCUGGCUCUGCAUGUCCAGAUGAUAUAGGGGUUUUCAUUUUCAGGGAAAUCAAGCAAAGUUGUGUAGAUCUUUCACAAGUCACGUUUGCACCACCAGGAACAUUCACUUCGGGGAAACUGGUGGCUGCCAUAAAACAACUUGAUUCCGAACUAACCCGGGUCAUUGAUAGCUCACCGGAUGCAAUAUCUUACGGGAUCCCCACAAGUCUUGCAGAUUACAUUUUCGUACCAAUAGCGUACUUGUUGAAGCGUCCCAUGAUUGAGGAGACGGAAUUGGAAUAUACUUUGUCAAUUAUAAAUACGCUUAUCAAACGAUGUUGGGCAUUUCCAGGCUCUCUUCAAAUGGAGAUGGCACAGCAGCUUAUGCCAUUGAUCACAUUUUUGAUAGGGGGAAAGCCAAACUUGAAUUUGAACGAACUUCCUGAGCAUGAUGAUGAGACGAUUUUGAAUGGAAUUGGCUGUCUGCAGAAUCUGCUGGUUGGGAUCAAAAAUCAAGGCUCCAAAUACUCAGGCGACUUCCUGAACGAUCCCAAAAUUAUGCCUUCUAUGGGACAUAUGGUCACCGUGCUGUUGAUGUUUAUACAAAAAGGACAAUCUGUGAAAAUUCAAGUUCAAAGCUUGGAGACUUUGAAUGAUCUAUUCGACAUGUUCCAUGAUGGUGAAAUUCUAUCAUUUAUGCUACCUGGGGUAGUUUCUGCGAUCAGCAAAGUGUUGAAGCAGAAGAAGCGUCAGAAGGUGGUUGCAAAGUCGCUCGAACUGUUGACCACCGCGAUAUGCUUUGUUUUUGAUGACUUUGAUCUAGGAAUUGAGACAAUCCAUAAAGUGGAGACCCUUGACGAUGUCAAAGAACACGACAUGGGCGUUGAGCAUAGCGUUCAAAUUACAAUUGCUGUCUCUGGUGAUAAAAAACUGCACAGAACCACUAGCUGGUUGAAGGCUACCAUAUAUCAGCUUCAAAAAGCGUUCAGAAUUAUUUUAAACCAAGACGACCGAGUUGAUGUGAAGGAACAGUAUUUCAAACUGUGUUCUUCAAUAAUCAGCCGCUGUUUUCUAUCUUGUUCGACACUGAUACCGCAAAUCCUUGACUGUUUGGCGCAAGUAUGCCACAACGAGGAUUAUUAUUCAAAGUUUACAGACGUGUUAGCUUUCAAUUCUCAUGUUCCAGAAAUUCUCAAAUUGAUUGAACUUGAAUUGGAGAAGGGAAUUGGGAUGAUAAGCGUGACUCUGAGAUCACCCGACUCUUCUAAAGGAGUUGGACUAUUCAACAAAUUUUGUUUCUACUUCUCGGUUCUUUCAGGUUUUGAUUGGGAUUACUUAGUGCUGGCUGAAAAAUUGAUUUCUACUCUCCGAAACGAGCUGAUACUACUCAAUAGAAAAAAGAAACACCGAAAACCAAUUGAAGUGUCUUAUGGUGAUGAAUUGCUUUCAAUAGUCCUGACAUCCAAUUUCGAGGUGUCUGAAAAAGUGUGGCCUUUAGACGACAUACUCGACGUGGAAGUUGAGAAAUCUUUGAUGAGCAUGCUCUCCUAUUUAGGACAAAGGGGAUCAAAAUCCUUACAGUACAUCUUAAUUGAUUUGCCACCUACUGACUCGGUUGAUUUGGCGCUGGCAGAAUCCAUGAGCUUAUGGCUUGUCAUGAGUUCAGUACAGAAGACGAGUCUGGAUCACGAUGAAUAUUUUACAGAUGACUACAAAGACAACGAAGACAGCAGCUCUACACAGGUUACCUACAGCCUCUUGGAGAAAGCUGGAGAGCUUUUAAGUUUUGCUGCCAUCCAUGAAGAUCCUGCUCUGACCAAGGCAACAAUUGUUGGGUUGCAAUGUAUCGAGAAGGCGUGCGACAUUCUUGGAGAUGAUUUUCGUUCGGAACUUGUCGACUACCUUUAUCCAGUGGUAGACAGUCUUGCAUCCCCCAAUGACUUAAUUCGUUUGCAAGCUCAGAAAGUGAUAUUGAGAAUUGCGGAUCAAUUGUACGAAGGCUCUGUCGAAAAACUCAUUUCGGAAAACUGCGAUUAUCUAGCGGACAAGUUAUCAAUCAACAUGACUAGCGAAACCAUUACGCCUCGAACGCCCAUGAUCGUGGGCGUCCUCAUAAAAAUUGGAGGGACAGAGCUUGUGUCGCAAAUGGAUGAUAUAAUAACUACUAUAUUCACACUGCUUGAUCUCUAUCAUCAAUAUACCGCUCUCUGUGAGGGGUUUUUUUUUGUGUUCAAUCAGAUUAUUGAUCAGAUCUAUGCGAAUGUCCUUUCGGGUGUGAGCUUGAGAAAUUUCGAACAGAAUUCCGAAACUGUGAGCGUGCUUUAUCCAGAACCAUGGGGCUUGAGUAAUCUUGAGCAGGUUUUCAAUUUUGUUGAAAAGCAAGCUGAAAUCAUGGACUACGAUCAAGAGGCUGAGAGUGAAAUAAUUGAGGAACCAAUAAAGAAAGAUAAAAUUCUUGAGGUUGAUAGCGACGAUGAAUCGGACGCCGAGAUGAUCUCAGUUGUUCCGUCUCCGGAAGAGGACACAAAGUGGACAUCGCCAAUCUCACCAAAAAUGUAUAAAACCCUAUCGGAUAUUUUGCAGUACAGCGAGCGGUUGUCCAAACACCGUUCUAUCAGAGUAUCAGGAACUGCAUUAGGCUUGAUGAAUAGACUAAUUCCGAUACUGGCUACUGAGAACUCAAAAUUCCUUCCCAUUGCUGCUUCCAUUUGGCCUACAGCAGCCAGUUUUGCCACUAACGAUGAUCCCAAGUUGGCAAUUUCGGCAUUGAGCGUUAUUCAUACGUUGAUAAGUUAUGCCAAUGUGUUUCUAACAAACAGGUUUUGUGACUUGUCAAAGCACCUGAUCACGAAAUAUCAUGAGCUAAUAAAAAAGCAUGAAUCAAUUUAUAGAAGGCGGAAAGAGAAUCCAGUGAAAGGCAUAGUGAACAAAACUAGCACUACCACCAACUUUGAAAGCAGGGUAUUUGAAGAGUUGGCUGUACUCUGCAGGACCGCUCUGCUCAAACUUGGCCGAACUCUACCACUGGAAUCUGCUUUGAAUAUUGCCAGUGUGGCAUAUCUUUAUGAUGACGACGAAAUGCACUACGGAUUAUACGAUGACGUUAUAUACUAUCUCAAAAAUAGGGUAUAA